GCUCCAGAAAAGUCGUAUCUUGCGCCUACAUCCCCGCACGCUUUUUGCAACCGAGAAAAAAACAAAUCAAAAGGGAGCUGGGGGGAGCUAGCCUGCUGAAAAGCUCACACCCUCCUCACUUCCACGCCUCUCCUCCCUUUCCACACUUCAGCCACUCCCCAUGUCUUCUGGAGGAGGAGGAGGAGGAGGGAUAGGCGGAGGAGGAGGAGGAGAUCACCACGGCGUCUACCACCAGCACGGCCACGACCAUCUCGCCCGCGCGGAUGGCGCCGAGUUCGCGUUCAACAACAACGACAUGGAGAGCUUCUUCUUCAGCCAGCCGGCGUCUGGCGUCGUCGGUAGCAGUAGGACCGGCGCCGACGAGCUCAUGCCGCCCUACUCCAGCAUCACGGACUACCUGCAGGGGUUCCUGGACCCCACCGGGCUAGCGCGGCACCUGGACGCGCCGUGCCCGCCGGCGGAGGAUGCCCCGGUGGUCAAGCACGAGCUGUCCCUCGAUGUGAUGAGCCACGACAGCCAGGGCACCAGCGGCGGCGCUGCCGGAGAAGGCGGGGGCGCGCUGCUCACGCCCAACUCCUCGGUGUCCCUCUCGUCCAGCGACCGGGAGGGGGACGGCCAGCCUCGUCGGUGCAAGAAAAAGGCGGGCGGUGAGGUGGCCGCGGAGGGGGAUGAGAAAGAUCAGGACGAUGGGGAGAACUCCACGAAAGCGAGCAAACCCAACAAGAAGAAAGCCGAGAAGAGGCAGAGGCAGCCCCGCGUUGCGUUCCUGACCAAGAGCGAGGUGGAUCACCUUGAGGACGGCUACCGGUGGCGCAAAUACGGCCAGAAGGCCGUCAAGAACAGCCCUUACCCAAGGAGCUACUACCGGUGCACGACGCCCAAGUGCGGCGUGAAGAAGCGCGUGGAGCGGUCUUACCAGGACCCGUCGACGGUGAUCACCACCUACGAGGGGCAGCACACGCACCACAGCCCCGCCAGCCUCCGCGCCGGCGGCGCGCACCUCUUCAUGGCCGGGGCGCACCUCGUGCCGCCCGGCGCCGGCUUCCGCCCGGACCACCUGAUGGGCAUGAUGCACCACCACCCCGCCACCAUCCCCACGGGCGCAAUAAGCCCUAGCAUGUUCCUGCCGAGCAUGCCGCCUCCGCCGCAGAUGCCAGCGCCGUCGCCUCCUCUUCAGCAGCACCACUUCACUGACUACGACCUCUUGCAGGACCUUUUCCCGUCGUCCACAAUGCCCAACAACCCAUAACUAACUGCCACACAAUUAGCUACUACUAGCCUAGAUCGACACAUGAGAUGCUUCUUAUUCUGAAAUGCUCGAGUUUGCGCGCGCCAAAUGUGAUCACCUGAUGACCCUAUUAUUGGGCUUGGUCUUUGCACGGUGAGGGUGCUGUUAUUGUUGAUUAAUCUGAUAUAUAGAUGCAAGCUUUCAUCUUAAACUUUUGCUUGCAUUUCUUCCUCUUCCAUUUGUCAACUUCUCUCCUCCCUCGUGCGGAUCGGAGUACUAGAUGGAAGUUACUUUAUAACUAUCAUUGCUAGAACGGCAACAUAAUUUAUAUGUAUACACCUCUAUAGACUUCUUGUACAUGUACUAGUGUAUAUCAUGUGUUCCUCAUUGACUCGUUCCGGAGAAGUUUAAAGAGGGCUACUAUUUCAUUUCUUUCCCUAGUUCAUUCCCAUGUGAAACUCAAGAAGAUGCCAUCU